CUGCUCUUUUCUCUAAUUUCUUCUCUUUUCUUGCAGAUGUUUUAUUUGCCACCAUGAACCCGACAUCCAGCUCUGACUCUGUCCUCGUCCUCGCGGGAAGCUCCCCUCCUGGUAUCACAAACCUCAGAAUAGAAACAGGAUCCAAAUCUGAGAGCUUCAGAAGAACAGAGACAUGCAGAUAACUUUUGAAUAUCAUCACUAUUUCUGUGAAAGCUUGAAAUAAGAAAAGAGGAAUCAUGAAGCCCUCAGUUUAAAGAUACUUGAGUUUCUUAAAAUUUAGACACUGGGGAAAACUUUAUUAAGAGACAAAUAAAAGAAUUAAAAAUCAGUUCAGCCUGAUUUGCUGUGUGCUGCUGUGCUUACCUGUCUCCCAGGUGUGUCGUAUCGGGAGCUGUCAGCUCUGUCAGACAGCGUUGGUGGGUGGAAGCUUCAUAACGUCAGUGAUGUCAUGAUUUCAGGAAAUGUCUCUGCAUCUGCAACUAACAGCACGCUUACGCUGACUGAGGAAGAGUUUGACCCUUUAGGAGGACACACGGUGUGGCAGGUAAAAAAAAACAAACACCAAGAUUGUGUCAGUUUUAUUCUGUCGCUCUGCCUGAAAUAAAGACCAGGCAUUUUUUGGGCCCAUCACAAAUUUACACCCAAGAAAUCCCACAUGUGCAGAGUGUGCUGGGUAAUUUGAGGCCUGGCUCAGUGAAUUCCAGGCCUUCAGUAGCGAGGAAUGAUAACCAUCAGACAAACAGAAAGCUCUCUCUUCACAUGGCCGCUCAAAGCUUCAGGGAUUUUACGGCUCAUUUGAAACAGGAGCUUAUCUUUCCGUUCCAAAAUAAACUCUGACUCCGAGGACGCCCUGAGAGCUGUUUCAAGCUAUUAAUCACGUUAUUCAUUUUAAAACAACACAGGAAAUCAUAUCUGCGGCACCAUCUGACUCCCAGAGAGCUCCUGUUAUUAUUCAUAAUGAAAAAAAUCACACAGGUGUCUUCAUUUAAUGCUUAGGUGUGAUAAUGGUAAUGAUUAUUAUCCCGCAGAGACCACACUGGGUCAGUCUGUAUAUUCUCCUUUUUCCUUUAUCUAUUUUCUUUCUGAUUGUCCUUCAUAAUAAUCUGAUGGCUGAUACUGAUGAGAUUACAUAUUCUUUCAAAUGUUUUAUGUGGUUUAUGCAGAGAGCUAAGAUUUUUAUUUAUUUUUUAAGUCUGUGAUAAGUUUCUUACUCCAAGUAAAAAUCCUAACCAUUCUCUGGAUCUUUCUCAUCUUCCUCAUCAGGUGAUUAUCAUCGUCUUUCUCACCGGGUCGCUCUCUCUAGUCACUGUGGUUGGAAACAUCCUGGUGUUGGUGUCCUUUAAGAUCAAUAAGGCCCUGAAGACGGUGAAUAACUAUUACCUGCUCAGCCUGGCGUUUGCAGACCUGACCAUCGGGACUCUGUCUAUGAACCUGUACACCACCUACAUCAUCAUGGACCAGUGGGCUCUGGGCCCUGUCGUCUGUGACCUCUGGCUAGCUAUAGACUACGUGGCCAGUAACGCCUCAGUCAUGAACCUGCUGGUCAUCAGCUUUGACAGGUAGAGUAUUUUUUUUUGUUGUUGUUUAUAGAGGAGUCUGAGUUUUACACCCUGCAAACCCUCGGAUCACAUCUGAUAUCAGGCCAAACUAUGAGGUUCAUCUUGGGGCGGCAGUAGCUCAGGAGGUAGAGCGGUCGUCGAAUAACCGGAAGGCUGGCGUUUCGAUUCCCCCCUAUCCCAAGUCUGUCCAUUGUGUCCUUGGGCACUUAACCCACCUUGCUCCCACUAUGUGUCCUCCACUGGUGUAUGAAUGUGAGUGUUGUGUGGUGGUUGGUUGGAGAGGCUGUAGACGCAAACUGGCAGCCAUGUGUCCAUCAGUCUGCCCCAGGACUGCUGUGACUACACAGUAGUUUACCACCACCAAGGUGUGGCUCUGUGGGCGAAUGAAUGAUGUAUCCAUGUAAAGCGCUUUGAGGAUCUCUGAUAAAGUGCUAUAUAAAAUCAGAUGCAUUAUUAUUAUCUCCACAAGCAAAUAGUUACAACACACAUUUCGGCAUGAUGGGUUUUAAGACGGGAUUGAAAAUAGAAAGAGUUGAUGUUACUGAAGUCUCGAGAGAGGGAGUUUCAGAGUCAGGGAGUAGGGGGACUAAAGGUUCUGGAGCCCACGGUGUUUAAACUGUCUGGUGGGACAGUGAUGUGGAGGGAGGAAGAGGACCUGAGAGAGUAAAAGGGGGUGCUGAUGUGAAGGAGGUGGGAAAGGUAUGGAGAGGCGAGAUUAUGGAUGGCCAAAUGGAUAGCAAUGAAAAUUACCUGGAAUUUAUGGAAGAUAUGACCAAGAAGAAGUAUGUAGAUAAUGAAGAGAAGGGGGCCAAGAACAGAACCUUGGGGAACACUGGAAAAGACAGAAGAGGAAUGGCAUUGGAAUGAUUUCAGUUGUCAGAACUGAGUGGACCUCCCACUCCAAACCAAACUCUAAAACUUUCAUGCCCCCCUGCCUCUGUAAACCCUCAACAGAAAAAGGUUUCAGCUCAUACCAAACAUGCAGCAAGAAACUGACUCUGCUUCUUUAUUUAGUGCUCUAGAGCCAACAUGAGGUUGGAGUUCAGGCGUCAAAUUAGUUAAACACGCAUGUUUGAGGUACAGAUAUUAUCUGAAAUGGACAAACACACACCUGAAGCAUUAGUUUUGGAGUGCAUCAAACUGCUUUGACACAUGAUAUCGAACACUGUUUCCAGUUUGGAGGGUCAUAAGAGGACCUGCUCACCACAGCACCUUUCUGAUUUUCUCCCUUUUGAAGGCAAAGAAAAGAAACAAGGAAAUAAAAGGACAAAAUGCAGUGAGUGAGAGGAGAGGAAGGGGGGGUGGACAGAGAGAGGCAGAGAGGUCAACACUGAGGUGCUCCACUCUGCUUCUCUCUGUACCUUCUUUAUCCCAUCAGUGAGGAUCAAAUUCAAUGUUCUAGGAAGUAUGAUGCUGGUCACUUCUUUAUGAUAACACUAUUUAAGAAUUAUUAAAUAAAGUAAUCAAGCACAAAUUCUGCAUUAGUCAUGUGAAGGAAACUCGCUAGAAAAGGAACGACAUGUCGGCAGGAGAGCUGUUUCAAUAAACCCUCUUAUCCCCGAAAAAAAGUUAAAUAUUGAUACUGCGCUAUAAAUCAGUGUACAGGUAUACCCAGAGUUCAUAGUGGUGGUUCUUUAUGCUUAUUAGAUGAUGUCCUAAAACAGAGGAUGGAUAAAGAAGCAGCAGACUGCCAGAGAACCAGCUGCAGCAGUUUUUAAAGAGACAAUAAGGCACUUUCAAAAAAAAGCUUACUUCAGCAUUUUUACUCGCUAACCAUUUAUUUAGUUAUUUAGUUCCCUUGGACUGGCAGUAAAAAAGUGACAAAUCCUUGACUGAGGAAGCUGGUAUCUACAAUCAUUUGAAGAUUGUGUUUUAAAAAUGACCAAACAAUUCUGUGUUGUCCUAGUUCCAUGCCCCUUCAUAAAUUUUGGGACUUGCCCCUCUUUAAGUCUCCGUUCAGGCCUGCAUACAGUCUCAGUUUCAGGUUGAUCUGGUUUCAGGUUGGCAUUGUGUUGUGAGCUGUCAGGAACAGGAAUAAAUUUGUCGUUUGUAAAGUCAUUAUUUAAAGGUGAUUGUUGUUGGUACAGUGAAGAAAGUUUUUUAUACUUUAUCCUUAUUGUCUGCUUUCUCUCAGGUAUUUCUCCGUGACCAGACCUUUGACCUACCGGGCCAAACGUACCACAAAGCGAGCCAUGACGAUGAUCUGCUUGGCCUGGUCCAUCUCUUUUAUCCUCUGGGCCCCAGCCAUCCUGUUCUGGCAGUACAUUGUAGGCGAGCGGACAGUCCAACCCAACGAGUGCUACAUCCAAUUCCUAUCAGAGCCCAUCAUUACGUUCUGCACCGCCAUCGCCGCCUUUUACCUGCCCGUCACUAUCAUGGCCACCCUAUUCUGGAAGAUCUUUCAGGAGACAGAGAAGCGUGCAAAAGAGUUCCAAGGUCUGAAGGGAUCAGGAGCAGGAAACAAAGCUGGUCAGGCUCAGACUCAGGGGGGUGGGAGUGGACGAGGUGGAGGGGAUGUAGCGAACAACAGCCAGAAGGAUUCUUCAGCCAUGCAACGCCAGAUGAGCUCUCAGAGCAGCAGUAGCUGUGAACUGAACCAGACCAAGGACAACUCCAGCAUCCCAGGAGGAGGAGGAGGAGGAGGAGGAAGGUGUGCAGCAUUCUGCUUCAAGUGUACAUCACUGCUGCCAGGGCGUCACGCCUCCAAGAGGUCCAUCAACACCACUACGACCACCGCAGGUGAGGCUGAGCACAGCAGCUGUGACAGCCUCAACAACAAUGAAGAAGAGGAGGAAGAGGAGGCCGAUGGAGAAACAGGUCUGACAUCACACACAUAACUGCUGCUAUUACAGGAUAUUUAAAUCAUUUUAUAACUGCAAAAAUAAGCUUUCUCUUGGAUCAACUUAUGGAAAGUCAGUUAGCGAGGGGGUCAGAUGAGCCACAAGGGGAAAAACUGCUCCUCCCACAAUAUAAGUUAAACAGAACUUUUAAACCUCACAUCCUUCUGUCAAAGCAGGACAAACUCAGCACAUCUUUGAGGUUUUAUUCAAAGAUAAAGAUUACAACUUUACUUUACCAGGUCUAUUUCCAAACUAGAACCACGUCAAGCUCAAACAGCUACUAUCAUUUCUAUAAACUGAACAAAGGGGGCAAAUAUGAUCAUAUUUUUUCAUGUUUACCUUCAGCCACAGGUGGUCAAUCUGUGUCAUGCAGUAGCUCAGAACUGGAAUCAUGCUCAUGUUCCGGUCCCCAGUUUUAAUUUUCUAUAGCACUAACAAGUGAGCAAAAGUUUUUUUUUAACUUGUUUGCAACUGUAACAAGGUUUGAGGAAGUUAGUAAAAUAAUAAUCUACUGGACAAACGAAACUGGUGGGUGGGCCUGUCAUUCUGACUCAAGCAAAAAGCUACAACGACUGACUUUCAGACCUUUGCUGAGGUAGAUAAGACCGGUGGAUAAAAUCGGUUUUAUGUGUAAGGAUCAGCCGAUCACCGAUCCCCUAAAAUUAAGGAAACCGGCGCUGAUCAAUUGACCGACCGAUUUAUCGGUGCAUGUUAAGUUACUGCUUAACAUUCACAUAAGGUACUGCUUAUUGCAUGUGCCUCUCUCUAUCUCAGGGUAGGUCAUAUAGAUAAUCACAUGACCAACUUUGUCCAUGGUUUACUAGAACCAAGGGGUGGCUCAACCUUCCCCACAGACUCAAAUCUUCCCCCUUUGUUGACCAAAAAUGAAAGGGUCCAUCUCAUUAAAACAAGUUAUAUUAAUUGAAAAACCACUGACAUCUAUCUAUCUAUCUAUCUAUCUAUCUAUCUAUCUAUCUAUCUAUCUAUCUAUCUAUCUAUCUAUCUAUCUAUCUAUCUAUCUGCUUCACAGAAAAGAAAUCUAAGAAGAAGAAUAAGGAUAAACAGUCGUCGUCAGUCAAAAGUGGAAAAGGCUCACAAUCAGACCCAGUGACAUCAUCACCAACAGACCAAUCAGCCAUCACCAUGAAGGAUGCCGCCAUGGCCAAACGUUUUGCCUCUAAGGCAAAGACGGAGAUCAACAAGCGAAAGAAUGAGAAGAAGGCGAAUGAGAAGAAAGCGAACGAUAAGAAGGCGGCGCGAACGCUGAGCGCCAUCCUGUUCGCCUUCAUCACCACAUGGUUACCGUAUAACAUCAUGGUGCUGGUCAACACCUUCUGUCAGGACUGCAUCCCAGAGACGCUGUGGGCGCUGGGAUACUGGCUUUGCUAUGUCAACAGCACGGUGAACCCCAUGUGCUAUGCUCUGUGCAACAAGACCUUCAGAAACACCUUCAGGGACAUCCUGAUGUGUCAGUGGAACCAGAAGAAAAACAAGCCUCAGUUCCAACAGAGGAAGAACGUUGCUUUCAAAAAAUAAGAACCCGUGUUGAUCAAGUCUGUGUGAAUAAAUAAUCAGAGCAUGAAUGCAACAAAAGAAACAUCCUGAACUGAAUCAUUCAAACGAAAAUUCAUUCGAGCCAAACAGAAAGCCAUCAGAGGAACCUGAAGCUGCUCCCUCAGUCUGCACACGACCUCUGCUCUCUGAUUCUACACACUCACAAACAAAAAUAUAUUUAUAAUUGAG